AUGCGCGUCACUCAAACCAAUGGCGUGGCCGUAGGCGCUACGCCCCCUGCUCAAGAAACCACUGGAGUCAAUCCAACCAACCGCGAAGCCCUAGGCGCUACGCGCGUCGUUCCAACAAAUGGCUUAACCAAUGGUGCAGUCCUUCCUGGUCGUGUAGCUGCUGGCGACGCUCCGGACACCCGCGAAGCUGUGGACGCUACGCGUGACAUUUACCCCCGUCGAUCAUCCAGACACGUGAAAAUCAGUCAAGCCGCGCUCGACGAAGCUCGAGCUGAACUCAACGCUCCGCAAGCUAACCACAACGCCGCUAACAUUCCGCGAGUUGAGCACAACGCUAAUGGAAGGCCUCGUCUCUCAUCAAUCAUCGUCGGACCCAAUAGCGAGCAGCCAAGGGUACAUUUUCAGACCAACCAGAUACUCGCAGACCAAUAUGUGGGGCCAAGUCAUUUCGAGGAUGCUGAAAAUCGCGCACUACGGCAAGAACUUCAGCAGAUGCAAGCUCAGCUAAAGACAAUCACAACUCAGAUGUACCGAGCAACGAGUGCAGCACCAGAGCUAGAAACCGUGCUGGCGGAAGCAAGACGCUCACCAUUUACUGCAAGGAUCUCAGGAGUUAGGGUCAAGCACAAUCCGGACAACAGCAAGAACAUACCGAUUCCAUACGAUGGAAAAGGAGACCCCACCAUCUUCCUGAAGUCAAUGACGAUCCACAUCAAUCGGUCGUAUUUCUCACCUGAGGAAGCAGACGCGGGAUGCUGUCAGUUGUUCGUCGAGAGUCUUUCCGGCGAGGCACUCAAUUGGUUCUCCAGGCUUGAGGCCAAUUCGAUCGAUGGCUACGAAGCAUUAACAAGCGCAUUCCUUCAGCAUCACCAGUACUUCAUGCGCACACCUGCGUCAAAUGCCGACCUGUGGAGAAUGUAUCAGAAGCAUGACGAGUCAUUAUGGGCUUUCAUGGAUAGGUUUAAGAAUGUCGUAUCUCGAUUCUCUAUAAGCGACGAAUCCGCAAUCGGUGCGUUGAAAAACGUGCUCGCUAGGGGUACCAGAUUCAAGGACGACCUAACAAUCUUGCCUGUCACGAGCUUAGGCGAAGUUCCAAGCUCGAAAGGCAAAGCCGUAGACGAGUACCACGAACCACGCCAGCACUACAACAGGGACUAUGCCCAUGGCGAGAAAGGAAGGAAAGCGACGAUGUUCGCUAUCAACAGAAAAGAACAGCAGAAUAAGUCUUGGAACAAGUGGCACCACAAAUCCGAUAACCCAGGCUUCAAAGGGAAAUGCCCGUAUUGCGAGUUCCACAGAUUUAACGGACACUCGACUGAAGAGUGCAAAACACUUCAAAUGCUGCUUCUGAAUAAAUACAAAAAGGGUGACGUCGAUGUAGAACGAGAGCGGAGAAAAGUUGUCACACACAAAGACAACCAGUAUUGCCUCGAAGACGAGCAGCAACACGACAGACAGCGCGAAGAGGAAGCUGCAGCACAAAAUUACCGAGCAUGGGCACAAAAUGACCGAGCACGGGAAAUUGCUCGCUUACCCUCUCCCCCCAAACGAAAUCACGACGCGGAAGAGUACGAUGAACCACCAGCUCCUCGUCGAAGGCUCAACAUGAUCAUGGGCGGCUUGUUAACAUGCCGCGAUUCUGUUCGGUCUAUCCAAGCCUACUGUCGCGAAGCAGAAACAAAGCGCAGCAUGCCUUUUCACAGCAACAUGUUCAAGACAUCCACCGCACCAAUUACGUUUACUGAAGAAGACGCGCGCAACGCUGGUCCAAACAACGACCCACUUGUCGUAGAAAUGGUAAUCAGGAAAAGCUCAGUAACGAGAAUCCUAAUUGACACCGGAAGCUCGGUCAAUGUGAUAUUCAAGGACGUACUAAUCCAGAUGGAGAUUGAUCUGCGCAACACCGUACAUGAAACGCAGCCUCUCACGGGAUUCGAUGGAGACACCAUCAUGACUAUCGGAACUUUAACGCUUCCAAUCUACGUCGGCCGCACGAUGCAAUGCUUCAACUUCGCAAUUGUGGACAAACCCAUCGUCUACAAUGUCAUUCUGGGAACACCAUGGCUUCACAAGAUGCGCGCUGUCGCUUCUACUUACCAUCAAUGUGUCAAGUUUCCAAACGCGUAUGGUAUCUACACGCUGCGUGGAGAUCCUCUGAUGGCUCGAACUUGCUUUAUCAUCGAGAAAAAGAUACGGAAUGCAAGGGCUUUUGUAAUUGCCGAAUCAGCACCACCACGAGACCCAUGCACACCACCUCCGAAAGAGUCUGUGAUUCAGGUCAACAUUGAUUUGUCUGAUCCCAAGCGUUGCGUCGGAAUAGGCGCCGAGCUACCACUAGCACUUAGGGACGAGCUCGUCAAGUUUCUACGUCAGAACUCAACCACGUUCGCCUGGUCGAUAGAUCAUAUGACCGGGAUCGAUCAAAGCAUUACAAGCCAUGAGCUCAACGUCGAUCCAACUUACAAACCUGUUAAGCAAAAGCGUCGAAAGCUCGGUGCAGAGCGAACAACAGUGGUGAAUGACGAGGUAUGGAAGCUGCUUGAUGCGGGAUCAAUUACCAAAGUGUGUUAUCCAGAUUGGCUAAGUAAACCCGUCGUGGUUAAGAAGAAGAACGAUACGUGGAGAGUAUGCGUCGACUUCACUGACCUCAACAAAGCUUGUCUGAAAGACAGUUUUCCUCUUCCGCGCAUUGAUCAGCUCGUCGAAGCCACUGCUGGAAACGAAUUGUUGUCUUUCAUGGAUGCGUUCUCGGGUUACAAUCAGAUAAUGAUGCACAAAGACGACCGUGAGAAGACUGCAUUCAUCACCGAACAAGGCACUUUCUGUUACAGAGUCAUGCCGUUUGGAUUGAAAAACGCUGGAGCAACAUAUCAGCGACUGGUGAACCGCAUCUCAGGCCGCAGAUCAUGUCGCACACCUGAGGCAAUGUUUCAAGAUACUCAACAAGUACAGCAUGAAACUGAAUCCAGCGAAAUGCACAUUUGGGGUUACACCGGAGAAUUCUUAGGGUACCUCGUUACGAAGUGCGGCAUAGAAGCGAAUCCGAAACAGAUCUCGGCAAUCAUCAACCUUCCUUCUCCAAAGAAUACACGCGAGGUUCAGCGUCUGAGUGGACGCAUUGCUGCACUUAACCGUUUUAUCUCUCGCUCGACAGACAAGUGUUUGCCAUUUUACCAGCUUCUUUGCAGAAACAAACGUGUUGAAUGGGAUAAGAAAUGCGAGUUAGCAUUCACGCAGUUGAAGGAUUACUUGUCAUCCCCGCCAGUCCUGGCUAAACCCGAGCAAGGAGAAACUUUGUAUCUUUACAUCGCCAUCUCCUGUUCAGCUGUAAGUGGUGUGCUCGUUAGAGAAGAUCGUGGAGAGCAACAUCCAAUCUUCUAUGUUAGCAAAACUCUCGAUGGUGCAGAACUUCGGUACCCGACUCUUGAGAAGCUCGCAUACACGGUGGUAAUAUCAGCUCGCAAGCUUCGCCCUUACUUCCAAUCUCAUACCGUUGAAGUCCUGACCAACCAGCCGCUCAGAACAAUCUUUCACAGCCCAAGUCAGUCAGGACGCCUUGCGAAGUGGGCAGUUGAGUUAAGCGAAUACGACGUUAAGUACAAAAACCGCACAUGCGCUAAAUCACAAGUUCUCGUUGAACUCUCUCCUGAACUCGAAGCUGACGCACCUCCACUCGAGAUAUGGUCACUUCACGUUGAUGGCGCUUCAUCGAAGAUGGGCUCGGGAGCGGGCGUACGCCUAACCUCGCUGACUGGCAAAAUAUUAGAGCAGUCAUUCCGCCUUGCCUUCUCUGCUUCUAACAACGACGCAGAGUAUGAAGCACUAAUCGCUGGACUGCGUCUCGCACACGGAAUUGGCGUCAAAAAGAUCCAAGCUUAUUGCAAUUCACAGCUUGUGACACAUCAAUUCAGCGGAGAUUAUGCAACACGACACGCGCGCAUGGAUGCCUACCUCAAAGUAGUUUGUGACCUUUCCCAAAAUUUCGAGUUCUUUGAGCUCGUCAAAAUUCCACGAAGCGACAAUGCUCCCACUGAUGCGCUUGCAACACUUGCUUCCACAUCUGAUCCCCAUCUCCGAAGAGUAAUUUCUGUUGAGAGCAUUGACCAACCAAGUAUUGACGUCAACCUGUUAACUCCCGCUCCAGCUACGUUUCUUGAAGCCACACCCGCAGCAAGCUCCAUGACAGACCCGAACGUCUUAACAAUCGCCUUGGCAGUAACGAGAUCAGCCUCAAUGGACACAAACACAAACACCUCCGCCACGCCCAUUCCAGCUCCAACAGCUACGAAUUCAAGCACUCUAGUCACGCCCGUACCAGCAUCCGAUGCCUCCUCGCGAGACGACUGGCAAACUGAGAUUAUAGCGUUGAUCGCGGAUGGAAUUAUGCCAAAAUACAAGUGGGAAGCAAGACGUCUUUGCGUCAAGAGCGCACACUACACGAUCUUGGAUGGUAGCUUGUUUCGUUGGGAGGCAAAUGGCGCUUUUCUCAUCUGCGUUAAUACAAAGGACGUCAACAACAUCAUGCGAGAGGUCCACGAAGGCGCUGGAGGUAACCACUCGGGGGGGGCGAGCAUUGGCACUUCGUAUUCGCCGCAAUGGCCAUUUCUGGCCAACCAUUGUCGCCGAUUGUUCCGCCUUCGCAGCCAAGUGCGAGAAAUGUCAACGUCACGCACCGUUCAUUCAUUCACUGACCGAACUCCUGCACACAACGUCACCACCCUAUCCGUUCAUGUGAUGGGCGAUGGAUAUUGUCGGUCCGCUAACACCAUCUCGCCAAAAGAAGUACCUCCUAAUCAUGACGGACUAUUUCACUAA